CAUGGUGAUGAAUCUUUCUUAAAAAUUUAUUAAUUUCUUCAUGCUUUAUCUGAAUUGUCACCUUAGAUUAUUUUUAGCUGUUGUUUUGAGCAUCUUUAUUUAUGUCUAUGCACUUCUAAGGAAGAUAUUGUAUGUCACGUUGGCAGACAGUUGAGUCCGAAAGAUUAUUAAAACAAAUACUUUCAGCUGAUGAAGUGCAAUUUUGCGUACAUGGAACCUAUAAGAGGAAUUUGGAAUCAAUUUUGGAGUCGGGUUUGAAGCGCAUGAAAAGAUUGCAUGUUCACUUCUCAAGUGGCUUGCCGACUGACGGUGAAGUGACAAGUGGUAUGAGACGAGAUGUUAACGUUUUGAUCUAUCUUGAUGUUAGAAAAGCUUUGGAAGAAGGCAUGAAGCUUUACAUUUCAGACAACAAAGUGAUAUUGACUUAAGGUUUUGAUGGGGUGGUACCUGUCAAGUGCUUUGAGAAAAUAGAAUCAUGGCCAGACAGAAAACCUAUACCUUUCUUAAAUGUUUAAAAUUGAAUGAUGAAAUGAUCAGCUUUUUUUUUUUUUUUACUUUCUUUUAAACUUGUGUGAUGACAAAUUUGUAUUUAUAAAAGAUGACCACCAUUAAGUCGAUUACAAUAAGAGUACUGUAAUCACUGAAUUUUGUUCGAGAUUAAUUUCGUGUUUGAAAAAAAAAAAGAAAUUUUUUAUUUUUUUAUUUUUUUGCAUUUUAACCCCUGUACUUUUCAAAAUUUACAUUUUGACCCCAAACUUUUCUAAAAUUUACAUUUUGACCCCAAAACUUUAUAAAAUUAUAUUUCGACCCCUAGACUUUCUGAAAAUUUCACUUUGACCCCUAAACUCUCAAGAAAUUACAUUUUGGCCCAUAUUUUGCUAAAAUUACACUUUUGCCCCAGAAGCUUUGCAUCCUAUGCAAUUUAGUCCUUCUGGACUUGUCUAAUCGCCGCUGCAGCAGCCGAGCGUACCCCUCCCAGCCGAGCUACUCCAGCAGCCCCCCUAGGCCAUCAUGGCUCCUCUGCCACCUACAAACAAUGAGAAAGAGGACAAAAUUUGGAGCUUUUAAAAAGAAAAAAUUGAAGAGAAGGGAGGGGGGAUUUUCAGCAACCAAAACAGAGAAAAACCAGCAAAAGAAACGGUUUUUUUGAGCAAAAAUUCAAACAGCAGCAAGCAAAAGGGCCUCCACCGCCGCCUUCACCACCACCGUGCUCACCGCCGUGCGUCGGCAUCCCCUCACCGCCUUUGUACCUACACGAACAAGCAAGAAGAAAACCAAAAAGCCAUAAAAAAAAAAACAACCCAAA